AUGCCCUAUUUCAGACUGCUUUAUCAACUUUCAUAUCAGUAUUCGCCUGGAAUCAACAAGCUCAGUACCUUUUUGAGAACUAAACGGCUGAGAACUUUUGUUUCAACUUCAAUUUCGACAACCAUGGCACCGCAGCGACAAGCUUUAUUACUAUCAUCAUCAAAUUGUCACGGGUAUUCGAUCUUAGAGUUCGCCAAACAAGAAAUAUGUAAUAUCCUCAAGAAGAAUAAUGUCACGGAGUUAGUCUUCAUUCCAUUUGCUCAAAAAGACUAUGAUGGUUACACGGCUAAAAUAAAAGAAGUUAUUGAACCAUGGGGUUUUGCUGUAACUGGAUUACACAGCUACACCAAUUUAAUUGAAAGAAUUAAUUGCGCGAAGGCUAUAUUUGUAGGGGGAGGCAACACAUUUGUCCUUUUGAAAACACUUUAUGAAAAAAAUCUAAUUCAGGUUAUCAGAGAUAGAGUUCAUGAAGGCAGCUUAGUAUAUAUUGGCAGUAGUGCUGGAACUAAUGUUGCCACUAAAAGCAUUAAUACAACAAAUGACAUGCCAAUAGUGUAUCCGCCUACUUUUGAAGCCAUUGGCAUUGUGCCUUUCAAUAUCAACCCUCAUUAUAUUGAUGUCAUUAGUGAGACACACAAAGGUGAAACAAGAGACCAAAGAAUUUAUGAAUAUUUAGAGACAGCUCACUGUAGCCCUGUACUAGGGUUAAGAGAGGGGUCAAUGUUGCAUAUUGAUGGGCAUAAAUUGACAAUAAAAGGAAUUGCUGGUGCAGUGCUAUUCCAAAAGACUGACAAGAAACCUUUGGUUAUUGCUCCAGAUACAGAUGUGUCAUUUUUAUUUCAACAAGAUAAAGAACUUUAG